CUUCAAUGCAAUGCAUGCAUGCUAGUAUAGGUGUUAGAGUGAGCUCGUGUUAAUUUAACCUUAAAAGUUUGUAAUCAUAAAGUUUAAGUAAUUUUAAGUAUAUUUGUUGUGGUUCAUUUGGGAAAGCUAAUCAUGUUCUAUUCAUCCGUCUUGAUAUUUUUACAAUAGUAGUGUUUAUUGUUCACCAUCCACAUUUUCAAAAUUAAACAGUCAUGGCUGUGUGUAAACUGAAGGAAAUAUACCAAGUGGACUCUGUAUAUGGUGCCUUUUAUUCUGGAGGAGAUAUAGAGUGGACUAAUGAUGGAACUCAAUUCCUCUGCCUUUGUGAGGGAAAAAUUAAAGUGUUUGAUGUCAACAAUGGAAAAGUGUCAGAUUUUUGUAACCAGGAUGUAGACAAAGAUGACGAUGAGUUGGAUGCAGUUCUAACUUUCUGCCUUAGUUCGGACAACACAACUGUAGUUUCUGCACACAAGAGUGGCUUGUUUAAAUCGUGGAAAUGGAAAGAGGAAAACACAAAUCCAAAAGUGUGGAAAAGUAUUCACAAAGGGCCUGUCGCCCGCGUAACCCUGAAUCACUGUGGUACUAUCCUGGUGUCUGGUGGCAGUGACUCCAGUGUUCGUAUAUGGGACCUGACUCACAACGCUUGUCUGCGAAAUCUGACAGGUCUACAGGGUGUUGUCAGUGUGUUGAAAAUUCUGGAGAAGAAAAGUUCAACUAUAGUUUUGGCUGCUGGAGACGACACAGUAAUACGAGGGUGGGAUAUCCAAUCAGGCAAUGUUGUGCUUGAGUUUACCGGCCACUUCAGUAAAGUUACUGAUAUUGUGUUUGACGAUCAGCACAAAUACUUGAUCAGCUGUGGGAGAGACAAAGUGGUGAUACUGUGGGACCUGCGGAAGGGGAGACAGCUGAUCACUCUGCCAGCAUACGAGAGCCUUGAAGGGAUGGUUUUGCUGCCGACAGCCCCUCACAUGACGAAUAUUCCUCAGCCUGAAGCAAACUCAUUGCUGGUCGCAGUUGCAGGAGAAAAGGGGAGUGUAACAAUUUGGGAUGUAAUCCACAAUCGAAUGGUGUUCCGUCAGUCCAACUCAGUGGUGAAGGCUGCGGCAGAUGGGGGCUUGGCUGUGACAAGACUCAUGUACUGUCCGGUGCUCAAGACUCUUGCUGUCGUCUCUGCAGACCACAACAUCAUACUGCAUCACGCUGUCACAUUCGCUAUCACCAGACAGCUGGUCGGGUUCAGUGAUGAAAUACUCGACAUUGCUUUCAUGGGGCCGAAAGAGUCACAUAUGGCUGUAGCCACGAACAGCUGUGACAUCAAGGUAUACAAGGCAGUGGAUAUGAGCUGUCAGCUACUCCAGGGUCACUCAGAUAUUGUGGUGACAUUGGCCACAAGUUCUGCCAACCACUCCGUCUUGGUGUCGGGCUCCAAGGACAAGAGCGUACGAGUAUGGUUGAUGACAGGUGACUCUGUGACAUGUGUAGCCCUGGCUAUGAGACACACCACCUCUGUCACCACUGUCGCUCUCCCCACUGUUAAGUGUAACUUCGUCGUCUCAGCAGCCCUUGAUACAACAAUCAAACUGUGGAAUCUUCCCACCAAGUUAUCACCAGACAAGUCAGAGAGCUUAAAUGUCCAUUUGACAACGAUAGCACAUGAAAAAGACAUCAAUUCCGUUUGUGUUUCUCCCAAUGAUAAAUUGAUAGCUACAGGAUCUCUUGAUAAGACAGCAAAAGUGUGGAACACUGAGGAUCUAUCACUUGUAGGAGUACUGAGAGGUCACAGGCGAGGAGUCUGGAAUGUUUGCUUCUCACCCGCAGACCAAGUUUUGCUGACCGCUUCUUCUGAUUGUACACUAAAACUGUGGGCUCUAUCUGACCUUAGCUGUAUCAAGACACUGGAGGGUCACAGUUCAUCGGUGAUGGUCGGCCGUUUUAUCACUCAAGGCUUGCAAUUGCUGUCAGUCGGAGCAGACGGUCUGCUCAAACUGUGGAGCAUCAAGACCAGCGAGUGUCUCAAGACGUUUGAACACCAUGAUGCUAAGAUAUGGGCACUUGUUGUGUCAGGGGACGAGGAUCGACUGGUGACAGGAGGUGCUGAUUCGCAGCUAGUGGUGUGGCGUGAUGUAACAGAGGAAAGCUUUGUGAAGCAACAGCAGGAACGACAACAAAGAGCCCUGCAGGACCAGGAGUUGGCCAACCGGCUGCAGAACCAGGAUCUACUGCCUGCUCUCCAGUUGGCCCUCACACUGGAGCGUCCUGCUACAGUCCUCAACAUUGUUCAAACUGUGCUCAAGUCUGAUAGGGAUGGACUGUUAGAGACUGUGAGGCAGCUGAGAGAGGACCAGAAGAAAGUGCUGCUGAAACUGGCCACAGAGUGGAACUCCGUCAGCAAGCACUGUUACGCUGCUCAGAUGGUGAUAUCAUGUCUGAUGGAUGAUAUAACAGAAGGCUCCCUUCAUAUAGAGAAACACACCUUGGAGACCCUCCUUCCAUACACCGAGAGGCAUUUUAAGCGGAUGACACAGUUAAUGCAAGAUCUUCAUAUACUUCAAUAUACAGCCACCUUAAUGAAACCUCAUACAUAGCAAAUAUUUUGUUAAAAGUUUGUUUAGUUUUAUUAAAAAAAACCUAAUCUUAAAA